AGUCAUGAAUUGCACGUUACGUCGUGCUAUUGUGUUUACCUGUGAGAACAUUGUUCUCUUUUAAUUCACGUAUAUUUUUUUUUCUACUGCUUUACGAUCAUUUUACGGCAUACAUAGUGAUUCUGUAAAAAUAAUGGACAGUAAUACACAUCUAUAUUUUCAUUUGAAAUACUUUUUUGAGUAAGCAUAAUUUACACCCCUUUAAAAUAGAAAAUAUGUAACUUGUAGUGAAAUAGUGGAAAAAUAAACUGGCAGUAACUUCGUGAUACUAUCGUGUAAUAAAUCGCGACCAGAAUAUGGACAAUGACAAACGCAUGAGCGUUACUCACGUAAUUAAUAACUUCGCGAUUAUACUUGGUAUUGGAAACACUAUCUACAGUGUACAGUGCAAAACGAUAUAAGUAGAUUAUAAGUAUAAUUAAUGCAACAAGCCAAACCAGAAUCGCUUGCAAAUAUCGUCACAGACCGUCAAGUAAGAAUAACAAUUUGUGUAAGUUUUGCCAAACGUGUAUAUCAUAGGUUUUAUAAUAAAAUGAAAUUUUUCCCGACGUCUCUCGAACAGUAAUUCACCUUUACAAUAAACCUUGCAUACGCAGCUUUGAUACAGCUACUAUAAAUUAUUCAGAUACUCAAUUUUGCGAUUUUUUUACGUUGUAACUUAAAUAAUUCACUGCUUUACGAAGCGUUGAGUUUUUAAACGCUCGCGAGCAAUAGCAACUAACUUGAGCAAACAAAAAUCAUCACAUACCUAUAGUCAUCAAUCACUGCACAUUCGCUACAAUCAUAAAAACGACCUUCAAGCAAACACCGCACAUCGUGUGCUUGUAUCUUCUGCUAUACUUACACGCGCAAACAAUCCGCAUGAAAAUUCAAACACCUACACUAUCCCGCCGACGUGCCAUUAUAAGCAUAUAUAUGCAAAUAUGCACUUACAUCUCACCUGUAAAAAUUAUUAUUCCGUUCCCGCCUAUACGUAUAUACCCAAAACACGGCCUUAUACCUAUAUCUGCAUGAACAAGUAGUGUCCAGUUGUCAACCGGGUCUUAUAUUCUCUGCUCUAUAAGUAUACACGUCGACGUUGCCACGCGCGCAGCCUGUCAUCCCGCCGUCGCGCACAAAAAUACAUAACCCAAAGAUCUUCCGUCCUUCCAUAUUCAGCAGCUGUUCUGGACCUCGGAGAGUCGAUGCUGCCUCCGAGAAGCCCGUCUUGGAGCUGCUCCACUAGCUCUGCAUCGUCGACCUCUUCCGACUUUGAGUCAAAAGUUGGGACACUAUGACAUACAACACUUGGACGUGGCUAAGAUUUCAUAGGUGAUACCGGACAACUAGACAGCAGUUUAUCUAUGCUAACAACUGCUCAGCUCUUACCUUCCACGUUUGUUAAAUGGACUGAAGACGUUGUUCUAAAAAAAAUAUGCCAAGAUCGAAUGUUAAGUAUGAACUUACCAGGGAUGAUGAGGAUACCAACGAUUACUACCUGCAGCAUGGACAGGAAUAUCAAACGGUUUCCAAGAAGGCCAUUUUUUGGCGAAAGAUGAUGCAGAGCAUUAUAUUAAUAUCCAUCUACUUUGUACUAUCCAUUGGACUCACUUUUUAUCAAAAGUGGCUCUAUGGCGAUUACAAAUUUAACUUCCCAUUGUUCGUUGUGUGUUGUCAUUUGGUGAUGAAAUUCUUUUUGGCUAGUCUCAUAAGGCAUAUAAGAAAAUGCUGCAAAACACAGCAACAAAUUUGCCGCUUAUCAUGGCAAACUGCGAUCUGGACUAUAGGUCCCCCAGGUAUCGCCAGUGGUUUAGAUAUUGGCUUUUCAAACUGGGCAAUGUCGCUUAUCACAAUGUCUUUGUACACCAUGACAAAAUCAACUACAAUCAUUUUUAUUCUCGGAUUUGCCCUUUUGUUUAAAUUAGAGAAAAAGUCAUGGGUAUUAGCAGGAAUAGUCUUCAUGAUAUCAGGCGGUUUACUAAUGUUCACAUAUGAAUCGACGCAAUUUAAUUUAUUAGGCUUUUCGUUAUGUCUCUUAGCAUCACUCACCAGCGGUAUACGCUGGACGACAGCACAAUUGAUAAUGCAGAAAUCAAAACUCGGACUGAAGAAUCCAGUCGACAUGAUGUAUUAUAUGCAACCAUGGAUGCUAAUAUCCAUUCUUCCCGUAACUGCGGUUAUCGAAGGCGCCAAAAUAUACAAUGAUCUCUCAAACUUUGAUUGGAGUGACACUUCGACCAUAGUUGCGACGAUUUUCGUCAUUUGUUCGGGAGCUGUUUUAGCUUUUGGUAUGGAAGUUUUGGAAUUCUUGGUCGUUACUUAUGGUUCUAGUCUUACUCUAUCUAUAUCUGGAAUAUUUAAGGAAAUAUGUAUUCUGGUCAUAGCAUAUGUAUGGAAGGGAGAUCAAAUGAGUGGCCUUAAUUUCGUAGGUUUACUUAUGUGCCUUGGCGGAAUAUGUCUACAUGUAAUACAGAAGAUAUUGAUAAGUAAUAAAGAGUCAGUGAACGAACUGGAGUUGCAGACGAAUUCAAUGGCCACAACUUGUUCAAAGUCCGACGAAGCAAUCGAUUCAAAUCCGCUUAUAAUGCAGAAAUCGAGCUCAUUGACAAAUUUACUUAAUGCUAAUUUUAGUUCGGACGAAGAAGAUGACAUUUUAAGGCGAGAAAAUCCAAAACAAAUACUAUCCGAGAUCUCGCAAAGAAGGGAGUAAAGAUAAAUUUGCUAUACUUCUUUUGUAAUUGUAACACGGCGUGAUAGAUGAUUCCAGUUUUUUUUUUAUGUCAAACAUUCCAGAAUGUAUUAUCGUUUUUCAAUACCUUUGAAAAUUUAACAAAAUGUUAUUUAAAAAAAAAAAGAAGUUCGUUGCGUGAAGAUGAAUGUAACUAUUUGUUUUUCGAUUAGUCACUAGAUACUAAGGUAAAUACAUAAGAUUCAUCAAAAGCAUUGUAAAAGCAUUCUGUUGAGUCGAGCGCGAAUGCCAAGUUAUUACCAAUGAUUAUAGAUACUAUAUUGACAGUUAGCCAUGUUGCAUAAUCUCCAUAAUAUUCUACAAGUUUGAGUAGGAUUUCAUUUUUAAUAGUCAAGAUUUUGAAAAGUUAGUCUUACCAAAGUUGAAACAUAGCUUUCAACACUUUCUCCUUCUAGUGUCAAAGAUGCCAUAAUAAAAAUCGAAAUAGCAGGCAUAAUAUGUUUGUACAAAACCUAAUCUGUUUACGCUUUGCUUGAAAUAACUAAUAAUUAUUACAAUUUGAGACUUGAAAUACAGUUAUAUGUAUUUUAUUAACUUACAAUUAUAAUGCAUAGCUGUAAUUUUCUUCAGAUACAAUAUUUGCCAAUUUAUAUGUUAAUUUUACCUGUGAUUACUUUUCUUCUGCCUCAUUGUUUUAUGAUGAGCAGAUCACCAUGGAACAAUUGUAAUUCCUAUGUAAAAUAUUUUGUAAGUAUUAAUAUAAUUUUUUCAACGACACAAUAUAACGAAAAAAUUUAUUUUGCAUAAUUUUGAUGGACCUAUUUAAUGAAAAAUUGUGCUUGACAGUAUACGGAAUUAACGAAAUAUAUUUUUAUGUAUAUAAAGAAAACAUUUGUACAUUUUAAGCACACGUUAUUUUUCUAUGCACUUUAUGUUUAUAUUCUUUAGAAAAAAAAGUAAACAAUUAUUGCUAAGUACGAGACAAAUGUAAUAUUUAAAUUUAAACGCACUUAAUAUUUGUAAAAAAAAUAUUUUAAUACCAGUCGACAGUAUUCUGAAAAUCAUCGAUUGUGAGACAAAAAUACAUGUAUUUAAUACAUAUAAAUUGGGUUUAUAAAUAAAUUAAAUCAGUUUUAAA